AUGGACUUAGGCGCCUUCUUGGCCGACGAUUCACUCGGGGGUGGAUCGUGGGCCGAUGAAGAAGUUGAUAUGUCUUCUAUUGGUGUACAACUUAACACGGGAUCUGCCCAACCUUCUAGAAGGCCAGAACAGAGUUUUAAUAGACAGUCGUCUUUUGGAGAUGAUGACCCCAGAAGAGAGAGAAAAGAAUUUCCCAUUCCUGACGAACCGCCUUAUAGGGCUAGAGUUGGGAAUUUACCAUGGGAAGUUGAAGAAGAGGCAUUGAAGAGAUUUUUCGAGGACCGCAUGCAAGUGUUGGAUGUGGUUACUGAUAUAAAGCUACCAAUCGAUCCAGCAACAAACCGAUUAAAAGGAUUUGGAUUUGUUACAUUUGAAUCAAGGGAAGCAUUGGAAGAAGCCUUAAAUUUAAGCUUGUCGGAUUUCUUUGGUAGGAAGCUCUUUGUUAACGUAGCAGCUCCACAGAGACAAGAUGUCUUUGAGAUGGACUGGAGAGCUGCAAGAAGUGGACCAAUGUCUGGGGGUCCACCUAGAAGAGAAAGAGAGAGGAGAGAGGAACCAGACUUAGAUUGGGGUACUGUGAGAUCGACUUCAGGUGGUUUGCCCCCCAGGGAGAGACGCGACAGAGGUGAAGGAGGAGAAAGAGUUGAAAGAAGACCCAGAAGGGAAGAACCAGACCUUGACUGGGGUUCAGUAAGAUCCACAAGUAAUGCCUUACCUCCAAGGGAGAAAAGUAACAGAAUGGAAAGGGAAAGAAGACCAAAGAAAGAUGAGCCGGAGUUAGACUGGGGUUCUGCGAGAUCAGCAACUGUAUCACUCCCUGCCAAAGAAAGAAGAGAAAGAAGUGAAAGAAGACCUAAGAAAGACGAUCCGAGCUUGGAUUGGUCAUCGGUAAGAGGAAGUGCCGUGGGAACGAGGCAAGGAAGUGAAAGACGCCCCAGAAGACAGGAUUCAUCAGAAUGGAAGAAAGGACAAGCCCCAGAACAACGCAACAAAGCUAAGGUUUCAAACAAGAAAGAAGAAGAAACAGAACAAAGGCCACAAAAGUCACUGUAUGAUGUAUUAGCAGUCGAAGGAGAGUCCGAUGAAGAGGUUACUAAUCAGAGUCAACAAAAGGUACCAGAUGCUGAUCAAGAUAUUGAAACUCUUCAGUCCAAGACUUCUGAGUUAACUGUUGAUUCAAAGAAUUCAGAAGAUUGGGAAGUGGUUGGAAAAUAA